UGGACUUCCCUCUCCAUUCGCCAGCCGCCUCUCUCCGGGUCCCCACGGCUGCGAACUGAUCUGGCGCGGGGGGGCAGGAGGAGGAGAAGAGCGCAGGCGAAGGAAAGGGCGAGAGAGCCAGAGAGCCGGAGGCAGAGGGAGUAGUGGCCGCCUUCCGGAGCCGGGAUUCAUGCCUGUCCUCGGGACCAGCCAAGGGGACUUUACGGCUGAGUAUGAGCCAGGCUGCUAGAAGCCAGGUACCCCCACGCCUGCAGUCCCCUCGCCGUUCCCGGUAUGCGAGCAGGACGCAGGGCUCUUCCAAGUUCCCACCGAGCCGAAUAAAAAGCGUCCUCCCGCUGCUCUCCGCCAAAGACGGACAUUGACUCCAGGACUCCACAGAAUGGAGCAAGAAUGAGAGGAAAAAGGCCGGCAGAAAAGCAUGAACUGGAGGUUUGUUGAGCUCCUCUACUUCCUGUUUGUAUGGGGCCGUAUCUCAGUGCAGCCCUCCCACCAGGAGCCAGCUGGGACAGACCAACAUGUCUCCAAGGAAUUUGAUUGGCUUAUUUCAGACAGGGGGCCUUUCCACCACUCCAGGAGCUACCUAUCCUUUGUGGAAAGACACCGUCAAGGAUUUACAACCAGAUAUAAAAUAUACAGGGAGUUUGCCCGUUGGAAGGUGAGGAACACAGCCAUAGAGAGGAGAGACCUGGUCCGCCAUCCAGUGCCCCUCAUGCCGGAGUUUCAAAGGAGCAUCCGUCUGCUUGGCAGGAGACCCACCACUCAGCAGUUCAUUGAUACCAUCAUCAAAAAAUACGGCACCCACCUGCUCAUCUCUGCUACAUUGGGAGGAGAGGAGGCUUUGACCAUGUACAUGGACAAAAGUCGCCUUGACCGGAAGUCAGGGAAUGCUACUCAAAGUGUUGAAGCUUUGCACCAGCUUGCAUCAUCCUACUUCGUCGACCGUGAUGGCACCAUGAGAAGGCUCCAUGAGAUCCAGAUAUCAACUGGAGCAAUCAAGGUCACAGAAACACGCACUGGGCCUCUGGGCUGUAACAGCUAUGACAAUCUGGACUCUGUGAGUUCCGUCCUUCUGCAAAGCACGGAAAGCAAACUGCACCUUCAAGGUCUUCAGAUAAUCUUCCCACAGUAUCUGCAAGAGAAGUUUGUUCAGUCGGCUUUGAGCUACAUCAUGUGCAAUGGUGAAGGAGAGUACGUCUGUCAGAACAGCCAAUGUCGCUGCCAGUGUGCCGAGGAGUUCCCACAGUGCAACUGUCCCAUUACCGACAUCCAGAUCAUGGAGUUCACGCUGGCUAACAUGGCCAAAGCCUGGACUGAAGCUUACAAGGACCUGGAGAAUUCAGAUGAGUUUAAGUCAUUUAUGAAGCGUCUCCCAAGCAACCACUUCCUGACCAUUGGUAGCAUCCACCAGCACUGGGGUAAUGACUGGGAUCUGCAGAGCCGUUACAAGCUCCUGCAGAGUGCCACUGAGGCUCAGAGGCAGAAGAUCCAGCGCACUGCCCGCAAGCUCUUUGGUCUCAGCGUGCGCUGUCGCCACAAUCCCAACCACCAGCUGCCUAGAGAGAGGACAAUUCAGCAGUGGCUUGCAAGGGUCCAGUCACUUCUCUACUGCAAUGAGAAUGGGUUCUGGGGAACCUUCCUGGAGAGCCAGAGGAGUUGUGUAUGCCAUGGUAGUACCACACUGUGCCAGCGUCCCAUCCCAUGCAUCAUAGGUGGGAACAACAGCUGUGCCAUGUGCAGCCUGGCAAACAUCUCACUCUGUGGCUCCUGCAAUAAGGGCUACAAGCUGUACAGAGGCCGCUGUGAACCACAGAAUGUGGACUCUGAACGGAGCGAGCAGUUCAUCAGCUUUGAGACCGACCUGGACUUCCAGGACUUGGAACUGAAGUACCUGUUGCAGAAGAUGGACUCGCGUCUCUAUGUUCACACUACCUUCAUCAGCAAUGAGAUUCGCCUUGAUACGUUCUUCGACCCUCGGUGGCGCAAGCGCAUGUCCCUCACUCUCAAGAGCAACAAGAACCGCAUGGACUUCAUCCACAUGGUGAUUGGCAUGUCCAUGCGUAUCUGCCAGAUGCGCAACAGCAGCCUGGACCCUAUGUUCUUUGUCUAUGUCAAUCCUUUCAGUGGAAGCCAUUCAGAGGGCUGGAAUAUGCCCUUUGGGGAAUUUGGCUACCCACGUUGGGAGAAGAUCCGUCUGCAAAACAGCCAAUGCUACAACUGGACUCUCUUGCUGGGCAAUCGGUGGAAAACUUUUUUUGAGACUGUCCAUAUUUACCUGCGUAGUCGGACUCGGCUACCUACCCUACGUAAUGAGACCGGCCAGGGCCCCGUGGACCUGUCGGAUCCCUCCAAGAGGCAAUUCUACAUUAAGAUAUCAGAUGUGCAGGUGUUCGGGUACAGCCUGAGGUUCAGCGCUGACCUCCUUCGAAGUGCCGUGCAGCAAGUGAAUCAGUCCUACACACAGGGUGGUCAGUUCUACUCCUCUUCAUCCGUGAUGCUCCUCAUGUUGGACAUUCGGGACCGAAUUAAUCGUCUGGCCCCUCCUGUGGCCCCAGGAAAACCCCAGCUGGACUUGUUUUCCUGUAUGCUGAAGCACCGCCUGAAGCUGACUAACAGUGAGAUUAUCAGGGUGAACCAUGCCUUGGACCUCUACAACACUGAGAUCCUCAAACAGUCUGACCAGAUGACAGCCAAACUCUGCUAACCCGGGACCCUUUGCCAUGAACUUUCCUUUCUGUUGUACACAUACAACAGAAUAAAAUAAAGCAAAACAAAAGAAAACACAUACAAACACACACAAAUUUGUAAAAUGUAAUUAAUAUUCAAAAGAAAGGAGGAAAAAAAAUCUUCAUUUGUUGGAAACUAAAGUGUUCUAGCAACUGUAUAAAACUGUGGGGCAUGUCUGUUACUACUAUAUUCUGUCAUGAAGAUGGGUCUCAGACUUUUGUGGAGCUUUGAGGUGGUGGCUUCUUGGGCCUCAGGUGCUGUGUGGAGGGGGGGAGAAGGGGAGAGCAUAUGAAAUGAAUUGUAAAGACCUCUGCUGUGCAGGUGCUAAGAUUAAACACUAAAAGAGAAAGAAAGAGAUAUAUGUAAUGUACCUCUGACACUGCCAUUUUUCCUUGUGGGAGGAAAUGGACGUAGAUAAAGAAGAUAUUUCUUCGGUUAA